CCACGUCUAGCGUGGCCGUUGUCGUCGCUCGCCCUCGCCGAUGAAGAUGAGUCUUUGAUAGAUUUUCUUCGAGCGCAGAGUGUCUUUGUAGUGUUCGUUGUUGGACGAUCGUCGACAACCACAUGAGCAACAUGAUUAACAGGUAGGAUAUAGAGAACCUAAAGCGGUUGUCGGCGCAUGUGAUAAUCCUAAUCGCCUUCCUCGUAGUCAUCGAUCCUCAUCUACCGAAGAAAAAGGAUUUUUUCUCUUUUUCAUCAGUCCUCUAGAGCUCGUCGCUCUUGCUCUUGGAGGCCUAAAGGUAAACUACGAGAAGCAGAAAGCUGACGCAAAAUUCGCACUGAGUUUAGUAUUCUGAGACGAUGACAGUGUCUGUCGGAAGCUACGCCUCUCUUUCAGGCGGUCUUUUGUCCACCGAGGCACAGCAGAUGUUUGGAACGCCGAUGUCUUCCCCGUCACGCCUAGCUUCGAAGAGCAGCAAGGGCAGCGGAAUGACUACCGUGACAGCUGAACAUCUAGAUCAAGUAGGAAGUCAUUAUUUUCACACAACAAGAAGAAUCAACGCCCCAGCACGCACGAAAAGCAAGCGCUUCAAAAAUACGUCCUUCUUCGUCGACUGUCGGCUGUACCGCAACCCACUGAAUUCCAUCAACUGGAAGGAGCGGCUCCACGCGCACUUCUACCCGCCUGAACACGAAGCGGAAAGGGAGAUUUGGGAUAAGGGAAGUGGCUGGACGCAUUCUUGGAGAUUACUCUACCGCAAAACCCCGCUGAACAAAGACCCGGACAUGCUGGAAACGGAGAAGUGGAGUGACGACUUGGAAACGCAGUGCGCGCACGUCCGGGAUUUGUUCCAGCGGAAACAGAUCCGGUACAACGACGACGUGAAGACCGCCCCGCCGCCGGUGUUGCAGCACGGCACCCCGGUGGAAUGGUUCCAGUCCAUCCGGGCGGACGGGCUGCGGGGGAUUGAUUGGAUCUACGACACGGCGAGCGACAUCUGGUUCCGGUGCACCACGCACAUCAAGCCGAUCAUGAAAUACCCACAGUUCGAAGAGGACGACCAAAGGAUGAACUGCUCGGUGUUCGAACCAAGCAAGCGGAAGGACGGGAAGUGUGGUUUGCUGGGUAGGUGGUGCAACUACAAUUCGCAGACGAUGCGGACGCAGUGUGUGGAGAAAGCGGAAAAUUUUCCGGAAACGUCCAUGCCAAAUCCCCCGUACUGGGACAAACAGCAGUGUGUGUAUUUGGGGGAUCACGACGAAAGAAUACCCAGAGAUUGGAGAGGCGCCAAUGCGAGUUACGAAGUGUAUUUUUUGUAGAAGAGAUGGCGGAAAUAAAUGGAAAGUCCUUGAGCAAGAUGAACGCAGAAUAAGUUGUGACGUCCUCUUGUCUGCACCAUGACUGUGGUGCUAUGCAAAGCAUUUUUGUAGGAACUGGAACAGGGAGAGGGAUAUAAAUUAUGAACGGUGAAGUAGAUCAGGAUCUGUUUCUACCAGAAUUUUCUUUUGCGAAUUUGUACGAUUAGGAACGAAGUGUGCUUUCAGUAGGCCUUGAGUUUUUGGUCUCGCCUUUCGGAAAUCGUGGUGGUGAAGUUGUAUGGGCCGCAGCGACAGGGGUCGUUCGCGCACCUCCUCCAGACUGCAACCUGCAGGCUCUAGUUCCGAU